UUAAAUCAAAAUAAUUUCAUUGAUUAUCACAUACUCGUGUUGUAUGGAUGUUUAAUUAGAGUAUCGAAAAUAUGAUUAUUAUAUAACGUCUAUUAUAUAGUGUAAUAAAUGUGAAUUGUGUGGUUACUAGGAUACAAAAUAAAAGUGAUAAUGUCUAAAACGAAGACAGUAAUAAAACUGGUACCACCCGAUGGAGGCUGGGGAUGGAUGGUAUUAUUCGGCAGUGCUGUUACUAAUGUUUUCAACCAGGCAAUGUUUUCGCAAUUCAGUUUAUUAUAUGGCGACAAAUUAAAAGAAAUGGGACAUCGAACUACAGGUGCAGCGAUGGUUAUGAGUGUAAUGCUUUGCGUAAUAAAUUUCGGCGGACCGUUUGUUGGGGUUUUGGUCAAACUAAAAUCACCAAGAUUCGUUUGUGUCACCGGAUCAGUUAUAUGUGGUUUAGGGAUAUUUUUGAGUUCAUUUUCAACAAACAUAGUCCACCUGAGUUUAAGCUACGGAGUAGUUUUUGGCGUAGGAUUAGGAUUCAUACAAAAUGCAUCGUUCGUAGCCAUUAACAGCUACUUCAAAUUGAAAAAGAGUAUAGCAGUGGGCAUUGCAAUGACAGGCACCGGGAUUGGACAAGCUUUAAUGCCACACGUAGUGGAAUAUUCUUUGGAUAAAUUUGGCUUCAGCGGUGCAUGUUGGCUUCUUUCAGCACUGUGUUUACAUGGAGUCUGUGGAUCAAUGUUAAUGCAACCAGUUGAUUGGCAUAUGAAAAAAAUAGAAGAGAAGGUUAUUAUUGAAGAAGAAGAAAUCGAAAUGAUUAAAUGUCAAAAAGAUGUAAAGGAUGAUAAAUCAGCAACAAUCUUUACUAAAACAUCGCAGUUUCUAAGAAAAAAAUCUGUAAAUGGUUUUUCUGAUGAUUUCAAAAAAGGAUCCUUAAAUAAAACGCCGGAAUUAAAGAAAACUGCAUUAGAAAGAAUUUACGAAUUAUUUGACAUAUCCCUAUUAUCAAGUCCUCGUUUUAUUAAUGUCAUUAUUGGAAUCGGUUUAACGUACAUUUCGAUCCAGAAUUUCGGCAUGUUGUUCCCAUUUUUCUUACUGAAUAUAGGUAUUAGCAGAAAUGAAACGGCUACAUGUAUGUCUGCAGUGGCAUUAGCUGACAUUUUUGGAAGGCUUAUUGUACCACAAGUCCAAGUCAGAUUAAAAUUGACAGCUCGAUUGACGCUGUUUCUAACUUGCAUUUGGAUAAUUAUAACCAGGCAAAUAUUAGCAUAUCAGACAGAUCUGACAUCCAUCUUAGUUUUAUCUGCAUUAUACGGUAUCGGACGGAGCAUGGUCAUCGUAGCAAGGAAUUUGACUAUAACUGAGCAUUGCAGAGUCGACCAAGUACCCUCUGCUGUCGGACUUGGUAUGUUAUGCUUGGGCGUUAUAUCUCCACCUAUAGGAUAUUUCCUAGGUUGGAUCAGAGAUUACACAGAAGACUAUAUAGCAUGCAUAUCUGCCCAAAAUGGCUUACUGAUAUUAUUUUUGAUUAUAUGGCUUCCGGAUAUGUUACUACAAUAUUAUAAGAAGAAAAAACUAGACGCUGAAGAUGUUUAAGGGAAAACUAAAGUUUCUAAAUCUUUGUAUGCCUGAGAGCGAGUAUUGUAGAUUAUUUUUCUGGAACGUGGAAGAAAUAAGCAGACAUAUCAUGUUUUAUUAAAGUUUAAAGAGCCUGCCUGGACUUGAGAAACCAGGGUGCAUACGAGCUCAUGGGCGGGAUUUAAGAAUGAAGUGGUUUUUAUAUUAAAGGUACAAUGAUUUAUAAGUAAAAAUACUUUUGUGUUUGUGCGACGUCAACAUAAUAUGUGAACCGA